CGUCAAGAUCCAUUCCGCCAUUAUGAAAGCAUCGCAACGUCGAUCCCAGCGUGCAUCUGCGGCCUGUGACUUUUGCCGAAGGCGAAAGUUGGGUUGCGAUAACGCAAAGCCCAGGUGUGAGAAUUGCCAGGGUCGGGCUAUUGAGUGCACGUAUUCUCAGAGAACUGCUCAAGCCAGACCGUCUAAUGCGCGAAUACAUAAACUGGAGGAGGAAAAUGCCCGUUUGCGCGAACAACUAUGUCCAAGGAGUCCGGAGUUGAGCAGUGUGCCUCCUGAUACUCUGCGGGGAGAAGUUCACUUGGCUGAAAAACCGCGUACUGAUGGAUCUACACCUACGCUGAACAGCAUUAACGAUCAUGCUCGCCAAGCAAAGGCGCAAGCAGUCUCUCCUUCUUGCCAUUUAACGACCGGGCAACCCGAGGGUGCCGCUUUUCAUGGUCCUUCCAGCGGAGUUAUCAACAUAGGAACUGCCAAAGACUCGUCUCGUAUACUCAGCUCCGAGGAUAUUGCCAAGAACCAACUUUUGGCAGAGACAACUAGGCAACGUCAACUAGAAAAGGUCAACCUCAGAGCAGGAAAGCUUGACUUUGGUGACCUCGACCCAAAGAUCGGCAUGGAUCUUCUUUCCAAGUUUUGGAACCGCCAACAUUACAUGGGUUCUAUCGUCUAUCGACCAGCCUUUAUGCGCGACAUGGCAUGCAACGGUCCUUACUACUCCGAGGUCCUUCUUAGGGCUAUGCUGUUUUCCGGAUCAAUGCAUACAGUUGAUGCAGCCGCUCUCCGAAACACUGGCAAGCUGAAUUCCAUUGGGCGUCCAUAUCGUAUCAAGUUCGAACAAGCCCUGCACGCUUGCGGCUCUCAGGUGUUGUUCAAGAGUGAUAUCACUACGAUACAGGCGCUGCUGGUCGUUGCCGAUGCACUGUUCUCGUGGUGUAACGAGAGGAGUCUCUCGUGGCAUUACUUAGGUAUCGCGAUCAGUAUGAUAAUCGAUCUUGGUCUACACAUCGACGGGCCAGCUCGAAGAUCGUCAAAGAAAAUAUCCCCAGAAGAUAUGGAGAUCGAGCGUCGCGUGUUCUGGGCAACAUUCAUUUCGGACAAGGUCCAGUCUAUCUACCAAGGUCGUCCAACUCGGUUACGCGAGCAUGAUAACCGUGUGCCGAUCGUGUUCCUUGAUGAAUAUGAAGAACUAGAGGAUUUUCAUACUCGAACCUAUUCUGCUCAGCCGUCUCAGUUGGACUGUCCGACACAUAGUGUCUCCACGUUUGAGCAACUUUGUAGACUCAGCAUUAUCAUGGAUCGAAUUCUAUGCGCUCUCUAUGCGGAGAAGAGCGACGCGAAGAGUGCUGAUGGACUAUGGCAGACCGCAAUGUCUCUUCACCGCGACCUCCAGUCUUGGAAGGAUGGGUUGCCGGUGUAUUUGAGGGUUGAUCUGAACGACUCCGCAUCUUCUACCAUCCUUCCGCAUAACCUCUCCCUGAUGGCAUUAUGCAACUCAUUAAUCAUCUUGAUCUACCGCCCUUUUCUCUCAGAAGGCCAUCUGACAUCUGUCUCCACAACGGUCGCACCUGAAGCCUUCUUUAACUGUGUCACAGCAGCGAUAGAGAUUCAUCAAGUUCUACUACUCUACAGACAGCAGUUCUGUUUCAGGACAGCGCCUUACUUUAUCUCAUACGCCACAUACGUUAGUGCGACCAUUCAUGUCCGCAUGGCUGCGCAGAAAAGCGUGGGCUCGCAAGCCCAUUUGUGCCUCAGAAAUUGUCUGGAGAUUUUAUCCGAACAGCAGACGUGGUGUCAUGCACCGAAACGAACAAUGAAGAUUCUUUUAGGUAUUAUGAACCGCUUGGGAGUCAACGUUGGAGAGUUUGUGGCGAUAGAACCGACAAGCUGUCAAGAUGGUCACCUGGGAGAGGUUGACAUGUCUGAGGUAGCUGAAGUCGGUUCUGACAUAGCUUACCAAAUCUCUGCCGUGCCGCUGGUGCAGCAGCCUACACCUGAUACGACAGUUGACUUUUCUAGCAUGGAACUUUCCGACUUUGACAUUGAUCAGGUUAUGCAAAGCUUUGUAUUUGAGGUUCCUGCGAUGCCACAUGAAGACUUGGUACUAAUGUCUGAACCUGGCUUCAAUAAUUAUGACACGGGCGACGAGGCACUCAUUAGUCGGGAUAUGAUGGUGUUUGAUGACUUGUUCGGGUUCGACUCUAGUACCUCUUAGGUCAUCAGUCUGACUGUCGUAGCUGGGUUAGUCAAUACACUCUACCUCAGGAUCCAAUUUAGUUUAUAUCGACGGGAGCAAUCGGCUCCCUGAAAGUCGCGAUUAGCUCUCUCGGGCCAGUCCCCGUAUCUGCACCAACUUCUAUACGUCAUGUCAAUCGGACCGUUUACAACGGAACGUUGGACUGAAACCUGGAAACAUUCGGCCAAAGUCUCAAAAAAUCAAUUUCAAACGAUUAAUCCCA